UCCGGCCUCCGCAUUCGGUGUCACAUGGGCGGAAAAGAAAGGCGCAUGCACGGGUUCCAUUUUGUUUAGUCUUUGACUGCUCUCUUGACGAUCCGAACAUCCCCUCAAACGCUCAAGAGCCGCAGCUUUCAAGAUGAGUGGAUCUCGCAUAUUCAUCGGCCGACUAAACCCCUCAGCCAGGGAGAAAGAUGUGGAGAGAUUCUUCAAAGGGUACGGACGCAUCCGAGACAUCGAUCUCAAAAGAGGUUUUGGCUUUGUGGAAUUUGAGGAUCCCAGAGAUGCUGAAGAUGCGGUGUAUGAUCUUGAUGGCAAAGAACUGUGUAAUGAAAGAGUGACCAUCGAGAUUGCUCGUGGACGUCAACACCCCGGCAGAGGAGGUAGAGGAGGCGGUGGCGGCGGCGGUGGCGGAGGCCGCUUCCCAGAUCGUUAUGAUCGAGGCGAACAGAACAAUCGGAGUCGCAACCCGCCUCCGAUGCGUACUGAGAAUCGUCUGAUUGUGGAGAACUUGUCCUCCCGUGUCAGCUGGCAGGACCUGAAAGAUUUCAUGAGGCAAGCAGGAGAGGUCACUUUUGCAGAUGCACAUCGACCGAAACUCAACGAAGGGGUGGUUGAGUUUGCCUCUUACAGCGACCUGAAAAAUGCUCUUGAGAAGCUGUCUGGAAAGGAGUUCAAUGGGAGAAAAAUAAAGCUCAUUGAGGCAGCCCAGAAGAGGUCCAAAAGCCGUUCCCGCUCCAGGAGUUCAUCUCGCUCCCACUCACGAUCCCGGUCCCGUGGUCGCUCUUCAUCAGGCAGUCCCAGGCGGUCUGGCAGUCCCAGGCGCUCCGGUAGUCCCAGGCGCUCCGGCAGUCCCGGGCGCUCCGGCAGUCCGAGGCGCUCCGGCAGUCCGAGGCGCUCCGGCAGUCCGAGGCGCUCCGGCAGUCCCGGGCGCUCCGGCAGUCCCAGGCGCUCCGGCAGUCCCAGGCGCUCCGGCAGUCCCAGGCGCUCCGGCAGUCCCAGGCGCUCCGGCAGUCCCAGGCGCUCCGGCAGCCCCAGGCGCUCCGGCAGCCCGGCCAAACGCAGCAGUCGCUCCCGUAGCGGCUCCCCAACCAGCAAUGCAUCCCCCACUAACUCCAAGUCAAUCGAUCCAAACAAACAUUCCCUCUCUGCUAACCCUCUUCCUCCUUCUCCUUCUCAUGAUAAAGGCCAUGGCUCUCGUUCACACUCUCUUUCCCCUUCCACCGAAAGCCAGCCUUAACUCACCCCCUAUUGUCUUGGGAGACUCCGUUCAAGGUUUGUUAAAGCUCAACACUGUUUAAGAAAAUAUCAAGCUUGGGUAGAAAGGUAUGCUUUUUUUUUUUUUUUUCUUUCUUCAAAGUGAUUGUUAGUUGUUUUUGAUAAGUAAACAAGGUCUCUUGCCAUUUAUGUUCUUCCUCUUGAGUCACCCUGUUCUCCUGCCCUCUCUGGUGAGUCACUAUUGGUUUUUGGAUGCUUGAAUUCAUGAUGCCUUUUGUAUAUGAGGGUCUUGUUUUCAAUAAAAAUAGGGAAAAUGUA